AUGCAACAAGUAUGUAAUGAAUUUCAGUCCGAGCUGUACAAGACAGGAGAUGGAACAUUUUGCCCUAAGACAACUGCAGUCGAUGAAAAGGUUGUGGCUUUAUUAUCUCCACAAUUUAAACCAUUAUCUAAUGAUUUUGACUUAUCAACACCAUAUUACACCAUAGAUAUUGUUAAAACACAACAGCUAAACGAUACACACGAUUUUUCUCAAGAAGUAUUGGGUGCAAAAGAAGAUUCUGUGCAUCAACUUCAACAAUUAAAAGGUUCCAAAAGAAGGAUUUCACCUCUUCUGGUAUCUGACAUCACACCGAAAAAAAGAUUUGUUUAA